UGCUUGCACAUCGGAAGGCCUCGGGAACUAGGCUAGAAAAUACUGUUGCUGAUUUCAUUGGUUCCCCCCCCAAAAUGGAUUUUUUUUUUUGAAACGAAAGUAGUAAAAAGGCGCAAUCGUGAGGACCUGCUGGAUCAGUUGAAUAUAACCACAGUAGGAAGAAUCACAACAGGAAGUGGAUAGAAGGAUGAAGAUGUGGAGGAAGUGGAUCGUGUUCUUUACAGUUUGUCAAAAUACACUCUGUAUUGAGCAACCAUAUCGACUUGUUGAUUCGAACACCAGGUGUUUGGAGAUUAAAGUGGAGUCUCGCCUGAGCUGUAAAAAUGAAGGUCAAUUCUAUCACUGCCUUCUGGAUGAAAAUUACACCAAGGAGUUUGAGGUUUGCAGGGACUGGAAGUGGAUCCCAGGAGGUAACUCAAUUUCUGCCUCAUCAGACUCGAGGAUUGCUAUGUAAUUGUACCGCUAAUAAGUCGUGAAGUACAAUGUAACAUUAUAGAUUUGUUUUUCAGUGCUAUGGGAAUUACUCUUGGUGUAAUCUUGCCGUUGAUCAUACUGCCGCUGAUUGUUGCAGGAAUUCAUCUGUUCAAUAAAAGACGACAGACACAAGGUACAAGUCAGAGAGAGACAGCAGUGGAGAGGGGUGAAGGUGACGCCUUAAUGAAUACUGAAACAAAAUGUCUGGCGGAAAACGAACAGAACCAACAACUAAUAGAAAAAGAUGAGGGAACAUCCACAGAAGAUAAGGAAUCGUCACCGUUCCUGGCAGAGAAUAAAAACGAAAACCAGAGUGAAGGUCAGCUCGAAGAGAAUUCCAUGAAGAAUGAAAGGAUCAGUGUAUCUCAAAACUAUGAUUCACCUCAGAAGAAUGAGUCAUUCGAAACGCCACUUACUUCUCCAGCAGUUCAGACAGAACCUGACACUAACAUAUUGAGGACAGAAAACAAGGAUGACAAGAAAACCGAGAAGAAAGAAGGGGAAGGCUCCCGUGAAGGACAUGACUCCUCAGAAGAGGUGGCACCUGGUGCUGGUGAAGAGAAAAAGACCGAGGAAGGAUCCAUUGAAGGAGAUCCCUCUGUAGUUGAGGUGUUGCCUGAUGACGGCGUGAAAGAUGAUUCUAAUUCGUCUGGUGACACUGGAAAACAAAAAACGGAGGUUACUGAGGAGGACCAAAGUGAGCGAACAGAAAAUGCAUCCGAUGAGAUUAAAGAUGCUGUAGGAAUAUUUGUCGACUCCUUGGAAUCUAUAACUAGGGAAGAUGAUGGAGAAGGUGGCUGGAGUGAGCUACAGGAACUUUUGGAUUACAUGUGUACAGGACCAGCGAGAAAGAUACUGUUCGAUGUUGUGAAGAUGUAUGUGGAUAAUCCAGACAGUUACUUCCAUGAUGAAUCAAAAAAGGCUUCAGUAAAAUCAGUAUUACCACCAGAGUACCAUUCAGCCAUUGACCCUGACUCUGAAUCCAAAAAAUCUAUCCCUGUUAUGUACGCCAUUCUACAACUGUCACUUGGUGAGGAACAUCGACCAAAGUCUGGCUGGGGUCAAAUGGUCAAUGACACAGACACUGGGGUAGGAGAUGAUGUAGAGAGAGUGUAUAAAGUUCACACACUGAGUAGAGAAAUUCAAAAUCCAGAGGAAAUAUCUGUGGAUGGAUAUAUAAGACUAUUAGAAAUGUUUAUAGACGCUGUAAAUAGACUAGAUGUAAGGGGGAAAUAUAGCGAGGAUUACAGGGAGAUAGUGAGGAGGUGGGAGAACAUUCAGAGGAAGCAGUGGGUGAAGGACAAAUGGACAACAUUCACAAACUUUGUACAGAAAUGGUCGUAAUGUUGAUACAUGUCACACAUAUACUUGUAAGUAUUUUAUUGAGAGAGUUUGAUGUAGUGGAGUGAUAGCUGCAAUAAUGUAGCUCUAUCCAAUUUUUUAAAAUUCUGACGUUUUCGGGAUAGGGCUACAAUUCCAUAGGAUCUCCGUAAUGGUGCAAAAUAAUUUUAUGAAUAACCGAUAAUAAACUCUAUGUAUUAGUCCCAAAUGUUGUUUACACCAAAAGGAGUACCAACUUUGUGCUCGGGCAUGUCUAAUAAAGGUGUUAUUCAUUAAAUAUAAUGUACAGCAUGCAAAAUUCUUCGUCUGCUCCGCCAUGCUUGUUAUCGCGAGAUCUCGUAGGUGGAUCUAAUGAAAAACCUAAACAUUGACAAUCAGUGCGAAAAUGUGAAGUUACUUGAGCCACUUCGACAAAGAAAGGAAAAUCAUAUUGUUGCAGAAAGAAUUUACACUCUGCUGUUCGGUUUUUAACUUUAUAUUAAAUUCAAACCUUUUCAAUACCGAUGAAAUAGCUUUCACCUCCAUACUUGUCCAUUGAUGUAAAUACUGCAUAUGCAAAUGACUUGACAAUCGGAAGUUUAUACUUCAGUAUAUCAAACAUGGCGCACAAAUAUGAAUCGAGAAAUUGGAAUUUAUCGAAAUUGUUGAAAACGGUAGAAUAGAGCCUCACAAAUCUUAAGUUGCAGGUUGUAAAUUUAUAUAUUGACUAAGAAACAUAGAAUAUAAUUUUAUUUACGUAAAGAAAGUCAGGAAAUGUUUAGAAUGAGCGCAAAUGUUGCGGGAGUGAAUCACUUCCGCAUUUGCACCAUUACAGAGAUCCUAAGGAGUUGUAGCCCCUCCCUAAAAAAAAAAUCAAAAAAAUCAGAGAGGGCUACAUUAUUGCAGCUAGUGGAGUGAUAGUACAAUAACUCCAACAGUGAUUGAUUACACAGGACCAAUGAAUGUCCAGUGACAUACUCCAGCUACUGAGCUAUCUGGUCACUGGUGAUCAAAACAGACUGAUAACCACAAGAUGGCGUUGAUACCGGUGCUUGUCAUAUAUUAUACAGAUUUCGUCUACUAAGACACUCACGGAAUUUCCAAAAGUAUUAUGGAUAUUUGUUAUAUUAGUCAUGAUAGAAUUUUAAAAAAUAAUACAUGUGCUGAUGAUAGAAUUGUAAUGGGAAGGGAAAAAAUCCAACAGACCAGACCAGGACUCAAACCCGAGCCCUCUGAAUCUCUAGUCAGGUGCUCUGUUAACAGUAUGAUGUAGCAUUGUUAUCAAGAAAAGAAAAACCCUAUUGAAUUUAGGGUCCAAAGGUCAAGGUCUCUAUGGGACUUCAUAGAAAAACUGAGCUACCUGACCACUGGGGAUCAAACUUGUCUGAAUGCAAUGUUUUAAGUUAGGAUUUUAUUUCGAUAGUAGCCAGGCUAAAUUUUGGUAAUAAGUCGUAUUAAAUCCAGUAAAUUAGAGUUUGAUAAACAGUGAUAUAAUCUGAAAUGUAAACGGAAACUCAAUAAAGCUGACCUUGAUUAAAAGUAAUCUCACUACCCAGACUUGAAUACAUAAGCAUGAGUUGGACUUUAAUAAGCUGCAAGGAAGUUUUAAAAAAUCAUUAUAUAUUCUUCUAAUGGUAUUCAUAAUACAUGUAUUUGUUAAAACAAUUUUUCAUGGAUACAUUUUAAGCAAUUUUCUUUGUCUUGUAAAUCCAGCAAGACAACACUAUUAGUUACAUUUUAAUGGUAGUCUUAACAUAUACAUGUACAGGUAUGCUUGUACAAACAUCUUUUCAAUUUUCUUUGGAUUGUUUUGUGAUUUUUAAUUAUGUAUGUAUGUUGAGAGAUUUUUGAGUUGAUGGUGCUACAAAAAAUGCAAAUUUUGCACAAUGACUCAAAAAACAACAACAACCAAAAAACCCCGGGCCCUGAGUGUUAAAGAUACUGUUGUGUGGUGAUGCUGUGAACUCGUUUCUAGUACAAUUGAUCCACUGCUUACAGUUUCAUUUGAAAAUUCAUUAUUUCAAGAUUUAUCACUGUUCGUUAUCUUCACCUUGCAUUCAAAUCAGUCCCAAUAUGAAGGCAGCUCUAAUCAUUAGUUUGCAAUAUAUGUAUAUAUGUUUUUAUUUAACUCUGAUCGACAUUAGUCUGUUGGCUGUCUAUUGUAUGUGUGUUAACUUAUUCUUCACACAAUUACUUUUCACAUUAUACAUGCAUUUACUUUUUUACCUUUUUAAAACCAUAUGAGUGACUACUUCUAAAGUUAGAUUACUGAGUCAAUAUCUAAAGAGGAUUCUAUAUAUUGACUACUUCUAAAGUUGGAUUACUGAGUCAGUAUGUAAAGGGGAUUCUACUUUGAUGAAAUCAUGGUCAGUGAUGCCUUUGCCAGCUUGGAGUGAUUUAAAUAAGUGUGCUAUGCUGGGGCGACUAGAACAUCUGUACAAUAUAUAGUGUGGACAUGUUCUCCAGUUAAACCAGAAUAAUAUAUACAUGAGAAUUUAAUGAAGCUAAAUGAAAUGGACCUUUGACAAUUGUUAAUGUUUUGUAUGGUGUAGUUUUAAUUGAGUUCAGUCCAUGCUUUAGUGUUGGGAAUGUGAUGAUCAUGAUAAAGGUUUCCACAUGAUUUGUGUCAGUUUUCUCAUCAACAACUUAACACUACAAUUUGACAAACGAUAUCCAAGUAUGUUAAUGUUGUAUGUAUUCUGAUUUGUAUGAGAUGUGACAGACUGAGAAGACUCUAGAAUUCAAGCAAUUGUUUUAGAAUCUGACCAUUCACAACUAAUUCAUUACAGUUUAUUCAUGUGUAUAUAGUUGUCUAAUGACCGACCUUGACUUUUUAUUGGGAUUCUCUUAGUGUUCCAAGUUUGUGAGUUACAGCUCUGUAUGUGUUACACAGGUGAGCAUUGUGGCCUGUAGUCCUGGUGUUAUUGUAGUUCAUGGUGUGGGGCUUAUUGUAGUUUGACGUAGAUUUAAUAAAUACAUAUAACUCUUAGAAUAGAGCUUAUUGUAGUUUGACGUAGAUUUAAUAGAUACAUAUAACUAUUUUAGAAUAGAGCUUAUUGUAGUUUAACAUGUAGAUUUAAUGGGUCAGUGUGUGUUUGUUAUAUAUCCAGAUAGAAUGUAAUUAGAAACAUAAUGGAGUCAACGAUCACUUUCAGGUGCAAAGAAGGUAAAUUUAAUCCAGGGGAAAUAAAAUGGGGUAAUACUGAUAAAUGCAAGUUAAUGAUAUGUGUCCUCCAAAAUGGACCUGUUAUUUUCAUAUUACAUGUAUCUUUAUCAUGUAUUUAUAUAUUUAUAAUUAAAAAAUUUAAAUACUGAAAGUGACAAUUGCCAUCCAUUACUGGUAAUCAUAUUUCAGAACCUUGAAAGUUGUUGGAUCCUGUGUUCGAACCUUUUGUGUAUUAUGCAUUUAAAAAUUUGUUCAAAUCAAACUUGUUCGAAGUUAUAUAUAUUUUGAUUUUUCAAGAAAUGUCCAGGUGUAAUCAACCCAUUAUUCUUAUUUAUAUUUUUUGUCAUGUAUAUGAUCAUAUUCUAAAAUUAAAGAACAAUAUGAGGAAAGUGUAGAGUUGAAUAUGACAUUGGAAUAACGAAGCUAUGAUGAAACAACUUUGAACAUGAUUAAUCAUUUGGUCGCCUAAAUGAUUUCCAUUUACGGAAAUCAUUCACUAUAUGUUGAUUAAGAAUAUGUUAAUAUGUAUAGUAUCGAUAUAAAUUGGUGGCAGGGGUAGGGGUUAAUGUAAUAUUUACCUUGAUUUUUGUUGAUACAUGUUAUACCUCCCCCCCACCCCAUAUAUAUUUUUCAGUUACAAAAUAACCAAUUUUGAUUAUAUGUUUUAGUUACACAAUUUGACUAAUUAAGCUUUUGAAUACAAUUUCUGAUAUUUUGGAACUUUUCGACUUUGUACAGGAAAUUUUAGUCUCGUAUGUUAUUUAAUUAAACAUAGUAUGUAGCACAUCAUACUAGUUACGAUUCUGAGACUAACACAACAUACAGUACUAUAUGUCAUUUAAACAUAAUAUGUAGCACAUCAUACUAGUUACGAUUCUGAGACUAACACAACAUACAGUACUAUAUGUCAUUUAAACAUAGUAUGUAACACAUUAUACUAGUUACGAUUCUGAGACUAACACAACAUACAGUACUAUAUGUCAUUUAAACAUAGUAUGUAACACAUUAUACUAGUUACGAUUCUGAGACUAACACAACAUACAGUACUAUAUGUCAUUUAAACAUAGUAUGUAACACAUUAUACUAGUUACGAUUCUGAGACUAACACAACAUACAGUACUAUAUGUCAUUUAAACAUAGUAUGUAACACAUUAUACUAGUUACGAUUCUGAGACUAACACAACAUACAGUACUAUAUGUCAUUUAAACAUAGUAUGUAACACAUUAUACUAGUUACGAUUCUGAGACUAACACAACAUACAGUACUACAUGUGUAUAGGCUAAGUUGUGUGAAAUGAGAAUUAUAAAGUUUUGAAAUAAUAUGAAUUGCUGUGUAAAAAUUAAGGCAGUGUUAGAUUCAUAAAUGUGAAUGUUCUAUUGUAUUUGAAAAUAUAUUAGCACGGCAAUCUGAAUUUGAUUUGAAGCGGGGGAGUAUCUUAAAUUUGCACAUGCCAUUGGAAUAAAGUGCUCUAGCUAUAUUCGUAUGUUUUGUUUUUGUUUAGUUAGAAUUUCUUUUGGUGCCAUACAGUGUUUGAUUUCUCAACAUGGAGCUUCGUUUUGUGAAUACUAUAAUUCCACAUGAUUUUAAUGAAGUCAUUAGGAAACCUCUACGUGAAGGAUUGCAUUUAAGAGUUUGGGAAAUAAAUAUAAUUUCAUCA